CGUAACGACUCGCACAACCUACCGCAUUGUUGUUGGGGGAAGAGAAGCUCGGGCAGCGGCUGAGCUCUAAUACUUCUGACGGCUUCUAAACAGUCCUGUUAAUCAGCAUUUACUUCCAUCAACGUAUAUCACCUGGAACCGGCUCCAUCGCCCUGGAUACUUGCCGCUCACUCAGGUUUUACUCGGUUAAGCGCGAGCCGCGGCCGCAGUUGGAUGAGCGGACUGAAUGUGGUUUUAACUGCGGCUCCGCUCAGCAGGCCUCGCCGCCAUUGCUGCUGUUUUUACAAGCUGAAAUCGUGAAAAUACAAAGUGUCUUUACGGCUUCAACAUGAAGAAAAAAGGUCGAACUCACCGACUGUCAGUGCUGAAGAGGGAGUCGUCACCCAUCAAGCCGUCACCCAACCGGGAGACACUGACAUAUGCGCAGGCUCAGCGAAUGGUAGAGCUGGAGGUGGACGGCCGCGUGCACCGGCUCAGCAUCUAUGACAAACUGGACGUCAUCAGUGAUGACGACCCCACUGCUCAGGAGAUCAUGGAGUGUAACAGCAACAAGGAGAAUAAUGAGAAGCCCCAGCAGGUUCUGGUGCGUUCUGUUCGCCUUAAAAACAACCAGCAGAAGAAGAACACGGCACUCAUGGCCUCACACGGCAGCAGCGGCACCCACAGCAGUGCCAGUGGCCUUUUGGAGCCAAAGGUUAGAACGGUUGAAUACAAUCUGCCAGUGGUGCCAAAGAGGCCAGCAGUUUAUUAUAAAUACACAGAGAGGACAGCGGAGGAGCUGGACGAAGAGGUGGAAUAUGACAUGGAUGAGGAAGACUUUGCUUGGCUGGAGCUUAUCAACGAGAAGAGGAAGAGCGAGGGCAUCAGCCAGGUGUCACACAACCUGUUUGAGUUCCUCAUGGACCGCUUUGAGAAGGAGUCUUACUUAGCCACACAGGGUCAGAGUGACCUGCAGUUGCUGGUGGAUGAGGACGCCGUCUGCUGCAUCUGCAUGGACGGAGAUGGAGCCGACAGUAACGUCAUACUCUUCUGUGACUCCUGCAAUAUUGCUGUGCACCAGGAGUGCUAUGGUGUGCCGUACAUCCCUGAGGGCCAGUGGCUGUGCCGCCACUGCCUGCAGUGUCCGUCGCGACCUGCCGAGUGCGUCUUCUGCCCAAACCGAGGCGGAGCCCUGAAGAAGACGGAUGAUGAUCGCUGGGGACAUGUAGCAUGUGCUCUGUGGGUCCCCGAGGUCGGCUUCUCUGACACAAUUUUCAUUGAGCCUAUCGAUGGCAUCUGCAACAUCCCACCAGCGCGCUGGAAGCUCACUUGCUACCUCUGUAAGGAGAAGGGCGUGGGAGCGUGCAUACAGUGUGACAAGAUCAACUGUUACACUGCUUUCCAUGUCAGCUGUGCCCAGAAAGCUGGCCUCUUUAUGAAGAUGGAGCCUGUCAAAGAGGUGACGCCAUCUGGCGCCACCACCUUUUCUGUGAAAAAGACCGCUUACUGCAGCAGCCACACACCUCAAGGCUGCGACCGCCGGCCGCUCAACAUCUACAAGGAGCCACACACAAAAAAUGGAGCUAGUCACAAGAGGGCUGACAAGAGGGGGAAGGCCCGGGCCAAGGGCUGGCAGAAGAAGAAGAGUAAGAGGGUGGAGCCUGAACAAGAACCUGACACCCCCACCAACUCUGGGCCCAGUAUCACUGCUUCAAGUUUCGACACCAUCCUGAACCAGGUGUCGGUUCAGAGGAAGCGUCUGUUUGUUGAGCGGGUGCUGAGCUACUGGGUGCUGAAGAGGCAGUCAAGGAACAACGUGCCGCUGAUCCGCCGGCUGCAAGCCAACCCUCAGCCGCCAAAAGCCAAGCGGAUGGAUCGUGCAGAGACAAACCAGGAGCUCAAGGAGCAGCUGAAGGAGUGGCACCGCCUUCGCCAUGACCUGGAGCGAGCUCGUCUGCUGCUGGAGCUCAUUAGGAAGAGAGAGAAGCUGAAGAGGGAGGAGAUGAAGCUGCAGCAGUCGGUGCUGGAGGUCCAGCUGACCCCCUUUAACAUCCUGCUGAGAGCAGUGCUCAGUCAGCUGCAGGAGAAGGACCAGUACAACAUCUUCGCUCAGCCCGUCAGCAUCAAGGAGGUUCCUGACUACCUGGACCACAUCAAGAACCCCAUGGACUUCUCGACUAUGAGGAAACGUAUCGAUGCUCACAGCUACAGGAGUCUAGAGGAGUUCGAGGCCGACUUCAACCUCAUCAUCAGCAACUGCAUGACCUACAAUGCCAAGGAAACGUUCUUCUACAAGGCAGGUCAGCGGAUGCAGGACCAUGGAGGAACAAUCCUCCGCAGGGCCCGCAGAGAGGCCGAGAGGAUCGGCUUCGACUUCCCCAGUGGGUUGCAUCUGCCUCAAGCCCCAAAACUUGAACCGCCACCCCCCUUCUCCUGGGAGGAUGUGGACCAUGUGCUCAGCCCUGCCUACCGUCAGCUGACCCCUCUGGAGGAUCAGCUGAAACAGCUGCUGGAGAAGCUGGACCUGAGCACAGCCAUGAAGCACAGCCCGUCUCGCAGCAAGAGGCUCAAACUGCUCAAGAAGACCAUCACGGAUGUCCGCAGCGAACUGAGACUGAAGAGGUCGCUCCCAACACCACCACCUGCUCUAGAGCCCAGCUCGGCCCCCACUGACAACCCCCUACCUGAACCUCUGACAGAGAGCUGCACACCACCUGAGGAGAAAUCUUUACAUCCGCCAACAUUAGAGCUGUUAACCUCACUGCCGCAGCUCCACACCUCGCCCACCCACUCGGAGCCGCCCCCUCUGAAACUCAUCAAACCCAGCAUGGACCAGACUCCCGUGGAGCCAGAUGACAACAUGUCUACCUCAGUACCCCUGGACACCCCCACUGGGCACGUUCAAGACCCACUGCUCCUCAACGGCGACCUCUAUAAGGAAGCAUCCAACACCUGCAGCCGACGAACCAACAUCCUCUUCCGCAAGUCCAAGAGUGCCAGCCCACAGAAAGCCCCCAAGACCCAAGAGGCAUCCGCUGUGUCACCACAACCCCUCGCCGCCAAAACCUUCCUGUCAGUGGUGAUCCCUCGAUUAGAAACGCUCCUCCUACCCAAGAAAAGGACCCGCAGCACCAGCGCCGAUGGUGAGGACGACGACCAGGAGUUGCCGACAAAACGCCUCGGCACAGGGAUAGUAAAUGGUUUUGCAUUGGAGAAGAAAGACACUUUGCCAUCACCUCGCUUGCUGGAGCCUCGCCGCCGCUGUGCGUCCGAGUCAAGCAUCUCCUCCAGUGGAAGCAUCCUCUGCGGCACAAGCACUGUCACCAUGUCCAAAAGUGGUAAAGGGCGGCCGGUGGCGGCUCGACGGAGCACCGUGGAUGACAGGAACACUCUGAAGACCUGCACUGAGAACGGAGAGUUCACCAAAGCUGCCAAGAUCCCUUCAGAGGUGUGGAAGCCCACCGCUGCUUCUCCAUUUGUUCUGGAGCCUCUUAAACUAGUUUGGGCUAAAUGUAGUGGAUAUCCCUCCUUCCCCGCCCUGAUCGUGGAUCCCACAGUGCGGAGGACGAUGUGCCAGCACAGAGGGGUGGAGGUUCCCCAGCCGCCGCGGGGCGUUCUCAGAGCCGGAGAGCGGAUGCAGUUCAGGUCCGCAGAGAAACUCUUCCUCGUCCACUUCUUCGACAGCAAGCGCAGCUGGCAAUGGCUUCCUAGAUCCAAGAUGGCUCCCUUCGGAAUCAACCAGACACUCGACAGAAUCAAGCUGACGGAGGCUCGCUCCUACCACAUCCGAAAAGCUGUGCGGCUUGGCUUCGACCAAGCCAUGAACCACCUGACCUGUGUCAGCGGCGAGCUGGAGCUGAGCCCUGGCCUGUCUGAGCCUCCUCCUCCGCCCUACACCACCUCUGAAAUCCUGCCGCCAUCCAUCUCUCCGCUUUGACCUUUCAGCUUUUUGGUUUACAAACCACCACUGCAGAGGCACACUGGUUCUGCCUUGUACGCACAACACACACACACUUACAUGUGUUUACUAUUUCCAGCAAACUGGAACCGGAUUGUAUUCACACCUCCCUGCC